AUGAAUGACAAGAAGAAUCACCUUAUGCAAGAAGAUAUACAACAGAAUCAGCCUAGUGGAACAAGUUCUUACUUUGAGAUGCCAGAUAAACCUUUGCACCAGAGGGUGUUAGAAAGGUCAUUACCAUACCUUGUUGAUAAGCUUAACCCACAUCCGUUGCUGGACUAUUUAGUAGCAGAAGAGGUAUUACCACAAAGCAUUGCCAGUGAUAUCAAAGAAAAACGUAAAAUAUCUGAUGUUAUAACGGAACUUAUACAUUGUAUCAAAACAAGAGAUGAAUCCUUAUUCCUUACUGUUAAGGAAGGUUUGAAGUCAACAGGACAGGGCGAGCUAGCGGAAAAACUUAAUGCCAUAGAAACAGACCUUAAUAUUGAGAUAAAAGCGGACCAGACAUCAGCUGACUCUGAUUCAGAAUUUUCUGAUGCGCCAGACCAUGUAGAGCCAAUAGAAAAAGAUUCUAAUAUUGACAGAAUUAUUCAAAAGUUUGGCUUAGAAAAUAAAAUGGAUCAAAAAAUACAAGUAUCAGACGUGGUUCAAUUAGACGUUUUUGAAAACGCAGACAAACAAAAAAAUGAUCAAGAUUUACCGUUUAUUUUUCUACAGCAUAUAUUGUCUGGUAACAGUGGUGCAUUUAACUACAAAUCCUAUCUACCUGGUGAUGACAGUGGAAGUAGUAAAUUCGAUCAGUCAAUGAUGUUUAUGAAUGCAAGAGGUGACUUUAAUACAGAAAAAAAUUUCAGUGUCAGCGAUCGCGAUUUCAUCAAUUCUGUUACAGAUACUGUUGUUGUUAUCCUUGAUUUAAUGACUUUUUUAAGCCAUACAACAUCAUUAGGAGAACAAAUACAGCGUUUUUCUUCCGUUUUGUUACUCUUUGUCGGUGAAAUAAGAGUAAAUGAUGACACAAAAACAAAAUUAAAGGACUUUGAAACGAAUGUCAUAAAUCAUAGCAAAUUGAAUUUACACAUAAUUGCAACUCACACAGGUAUGAAGGAGAGAAAUUCAACAGAUAUAGUUGCAGAUGUUAAGUUUGCCAUAUGCAAAUUUGUACAUGAAAAAGAAUUUGAUUUAAAAACAUUUGGUUCAAGAGUUGGAAAGUCUAUAAAAACUGACGAAACAUCUUGUUGCAAGGAAGCCUAUCAAUCAGCUAAGUUGUUGAUUGCAGAAAUCGGGAAAAUAUCGCCAGAAACACACAUAAUUGAGAAGGUUACACCGGUACAAAGUAAAAUUACAAAAUUGCUAGGUACACUUAUUAAAGACAGUUACAGUAAUAGUUCGCUAUGUGCAUUUGAUGAUCAAACAAAGAAAAUACCACAAGCAAGGCUAUUAAAAAGAGAGCAAAUAACAUCGGUGAUAAAAAUCUUCAGCAAAUCACUGGUACAGAAUAGAAACCGCUGUUCUUUUCUUCAGCUGUAUUUGUCUUCUUUAAAGCUACUGCUUGAAAGAAGAAAACGAUUGGCACCUCAAAAUUUGUUUGAUAUGUCAAAAACAUUCGAUACAGAAGAAAAUGCAUUUUUAGAGAUCGAACAUCUUUUCCGUGAAAUUGCUCAUAUUUGCGACUCUAUUGAAAUAUCUGGGACAAGCAGUGAAAGCAUUGAUUUCCCUCACGUGAACGAAUUAGUCGAUGUUGUCUCGAGUCUAAUGGUACAGGGAUAUAGUUUUGAACUACUUGAUGCAGAACAUUUUUUUAUUCCCACAGAAUGGAUAAAACUAAUCUUAAGUGAAGUCAAUAGAAAAAUCAAUGAAAAACAAUUGCUUGUUCUAUCAGUUCUUGGUGUACAAAGUUCGGGGAAAUCCACGUUGCUGAACACAAUGUUCGGAUUCCAAUUUCCUACCAGCUGUGGAAGAUGCACAAGAGGAAUACAUAUGAGGUUGGUUCCUCUUGUAAAAAGGAAAAAUGAAUUAUCCACCGUACCAUUUGAUUAUAUUCUAGUAAUUGAUACCGAAGGUAUAAGAGCGCCAGAAUGUCUUGACACGCAAGAAACAUAUUACCAAAGAGACAAUAAACUUUCAACAAUAAUAGUUGGUCUAGGAGAUGUAACUAUUCUAAAUGUAAUGGGCGAAAGUAUUUCAGAAAUGCAUGAUAUUUUGCAAAUUCUUGCACACGCAUUCUUGCGCUUAAAACUAGCGAACAACAGUCUUGAUAUUCGCAAAAGCUGUUUUCUUAUACAUCAAAAUGUUUCUGAGAUGCAAGCUCCAAUGAAGUUAAAAGCUGGUUUAACGCAUGCUUUGCAAAUUUUAGACAAAGCUACUAAAGAGGCUGCAGAAUUCGAAGGCAUAUCCGACAUAACAACGUUUCAUGAUGUUAUAAAAUUCGAAAGAGAGUCAAAUGUAUUUUACUUUCCGAAUCUCUGGCAUGGAAAUCCGCCAAUGGCAAGUAUCAACCGGAUGUAUUGCGACCGAGUCAAUGUUUUGACAACGAGACUAUUUAAAGAAUCUCUUCAUGAUCGAGGAAAAUCCUUUAAAACUUUAGAAGAUAUCGCUACACAUGUGCAUGAUCUAUGGAAAGGUGUUUUAGCAGAAAAUUUUAUAUUUUCUUUCCGUAAUAACAUUGAAAAAAAAGCUUACAUAGAAAUGGAAAAAUUUAUAAGGGAUACAUUUUGGUUGCUUGAAAGUUCUUUUGACGACGAGUCACUACAAAUGGUUCAGAAAAGGUUUUCAAAAUGUGACGAUCAUGACUCUUUAAAACGUACAUUAGAAGAAAUACCAUUGUCAAUUAAAGAGUUGAUAUCAAAACACAAGCAAAAGGCGUUCGAUAAGAUGGAAGUUUUUUUUCAAGGGAACAAAUAUAAGGAAAUGCUAGUUAGAUGGAAGGAGCAGUCAUUGAAUCGCUUAGACAUGUUCUGUAAAAUAAUUGAUGACAACAGAAAUAUGGAGAUUGCCACUUUGUACAAAAAACGCAAGGUAGACAUAAUGAUAACAAUGAUGUGUAUAAAGCAUAAAGAUCAACUCAGAAGAAAAUCACUUGAGCUUGCAAAUGAGUUGCGUGCAUCCGGAACAACGAUUGACAAGAAUGAGAAGAUUGCAAGAUUUGAACAUAUAUGGGAAACCAUUGUAACAGAAUCAUUAAGCUUUGUUAAAACCCAACCUGAAAAAAGUUCAUUAAGAGAUGACUGUAUUUUCUUUCUUCAUAAUGUUUUUGGAAGUCAAUCUGCUUUAUUGAACCGUUUUCUAAAAGGUGAUACAUUUGAUGAAGGACAUGAAUUAAAACAUUUAUCGGGAUCAUUUGUGAAAACCGAAAUAGAUAUAAGUGAUAUAAGUAUGUCAAAGAAAAAAAUCGUUAAAAGUAAAAAAAAUGAGAAAAAUUCAUCAGAAAAAUUUGAGGAAAAAUUGAAGCUAGUGCAAUGUGCAACGGAAAAUCUAUUUCUGACAAUUGACACAAGAGUAGAACUUACCUGCCAAAGGAAUGAAAUAAUUACUAAUCGAGAUUUGAAACAAGUUUUGAAUGACACUUUUAAGUCAGUUAAAGAAAUCUCUACAAACCAAAGCCACCAUUUCACAAUGAAAAUAACGUAUCAGAUAAAAGUUUUAGUGCAUGUAAGUAAAUAUUUAUGUAGACGUUUUGAAGCUGAGAAUAUAGAACAUUUGCAGUCACAUAGCAUAACAGCACGUUUAGAUACAUAUCGUAAACAGAUGCAAGAGAGGUUCUUUGCGUAUUUAGAGGAAAGAAAAGCUGAAGACACAGCAGUAUGCUUAAUGCAUGGAAUGAUUGAAAACUUGCUAAGUGAGAAUAUUAAAGAGAAUUUGACAAGGAAAGUAAAGUUUGUUUUAAAAUUUACUUUACCACAACUGAAAUAUGAUUUGCUCAUUGCUAUUCUGACUGAGCUUAUGGAAAAUGACGAUUUUGACCAAUUUAAAUCUUACAUUCUUAGCCCAAAAGAUCAUGCAUAUCUUUGGGUCAAUCAAAAGGCAAAACGUUUUUUAUUUUCACAGAGUACCGUAAUGUAUUCAGGAGUUGCAGAAAGAGAAAUAACAAACUUAUUUCAAGUUAUCGAACACAAUUUGAAAAAGAGUACCACAAAUUUUCAAGACAACAAAGCGACAAUAGAAAAUUGGAUUGAAACUUUUAAAUCAUUAAACGACACAUUUACAUUUCCAAACGAUUGUUUUAAUAAUGUUGCAAGGGAAUUUGAAAAUUUAGAAUGUAUCCAGAUUGUUGAUUUUGUAAAUAAAAUCAUUGACAAAUUAGAUCAAACAAAAGCAUCGCUUAUAGACAUGUACAGAAAUGUAACUGAAGAAACUAUAAGAUGGAAUGGAUGUAACCCAGUAGAUAAAUUAUUUGAAGAUAUUUGGGGCUGUUCGGAGCAAUGUAUGUUUUGUGGAGAGCCCUGUAUCAAAAGUAAACAGCAUGAUACGUGUCAUAUGUGUCUGCAGCACAGGCCUUUAGGAAUAUCAGGUGUUUUUGAUGAAGGAACUGGAGAUAUAUUUCUGACAUCGUGUCAUGUGAAUGUAACAGGUGAUGGAAAUGUUCCGUGUACUUUUAUUAACUUUCGAUGCAAUCCACAGAAAAGGAAUGAUUGCAAAGACAAAAGGCACAAAUUUCAAGACUACAAAUCAAUAGUAAGUACAUGGGAUAUUGAACCAGUUAGAUUAAUGGAAGAUUGUUCGUUGUUUUGGAUGUGGUUUAUGGGGAAAUAUAAACAGCAGCUCGGUGAAUAUUAUCACAUAAACACAGAAAAUAUCCCAUCGACGUGGAACGAAAUUCAAGAGAAACGAGCUCUUGAUAGUUUGUGUAACUUGCGUGCAUCGAAUAUAGAUCGGAUUGGUUCGGUUUUAAAAUAA